AUGGCUUCUGAAAAGCGCUUGAGACGAAUAUCUCAGUCCAAACUCGGUCAACGUCCUCCGCCUAACAUACCAAAGAGAUCCACGAGUCUUCGCAGAGCGUACAAUUACCUCUUCCACCCAGAGUCUCCUACAGCGCAACCCGAUCCCAUGCUGCGACGGAAGAGACAAAUCGAGGCGCCGAAAUCAGACCCUUCGACUCAGAAUCAACUCGAGAGCGUCCGAGCAGAAUUGCAACAAUGUCGGCAAGACUUGGAGGAGGCCAGACAAAUGGUCGUCACCCAAGAGAAAGAAAUUUCCUACUAUGAACAACAUCAAUCGAAACUAGAGGCACAAUAUAAAGACAAGGAAGCAUCCCUCAAGAAACAAAAGGCCUCGCUUGAGGAUAAUAUGGUGGCGGUGGUGGUCCAGCAAAUCAAAGACGCACGAAAGGCAGAACGAGAAGCGGUCAGACAGGAGCUGAGCGCGGAGCAUCAAACCGCUCUGGACAACGUCCACCACAAGUACAAAUCAAGGGUGGCCAUACUGACACAAGAACUCCAAGACUCGCGCGCUGCAACGGAACAGAUCAAGGCCACCUAUGAUAUUCAAUUGACAACCUUACGCGGAGAGCUCGCGUCUCUCAACAAUAAACUUGAGUCCGCCAAAACCGUGAUCGCCGAGACAACUGCUACCCUGAAAGACGUCCAAGAUGCAUCCAAAACGGCUCUUGAUGAGUCGCAGAAAGUGACGGCUGCUGUCAAGGCCGAACUGGAAACUCAAAUCGCUACACUGUCUGAACAGUUGCAAGAUGCUCAAGUCAAUUCCCAAGAGCACAGCCAGCGAUACGCAGACCUGCAAGAAAGCUCUUCUAAAGCACUUGAGUCGGCCAAUGAGUCCUUGACCACAACACAAGCGCAGCUUCAGAGUCAAAUCGAUUCUCAGGCAACGGAGCUAUCCACUCUACGUGAAGCAUUAAAGUCAGCCAGUGCCAAGGACGAGACAGAGUCUUCUGCUCGUAGACUGAUCGAGGAAGAAUUGUCUGCCGCUCGACAGGAAGUCAUAGACCUAACAGCCAAGUUGACCAGCUAUGAGGAAUCAAAGGAGGCAUUGUCUAUAUCUGAAGCUCGCAUUACGGAGUUGACGGAGAAACUUGAAGAAUACGCCACAACCAAGGCUGCAUUAGAGGCUUCUGAGGAGAAGGUCGCACAACUCAUGGUUGACUUGGAGUCCUCCAAUGCACUCAGGGACGAGCUCGUAAACUCUGAAGCCAAGAUUGCUGACCUUACGGCGAAGCUCGAGGACUACGAAGAUGUCAAAACAACUCUGGCUGAAGCCAAGACAAAAAUUGCCGACCUAUCAAUUGACGUUGACGGAUAUGAUGCCCUCAAGGCCGAGCUCGAAAGUGAGAGGGAACGCUCAGCCGGUUUCUCCAAAAACGUUGAGGACCAUGCGGCGAUCGUUGCUGAGCUACAAGCGAAACAUGAUGAAGCCGAAGCGCGAGCGCAUGAUGCUGAUGAAAAGCACAGCGCAGUCCUGAGCAAGAUCGAGUCACUGAAGGAACAGCUUGCGGCUGAGACAUCCGAUCAUAUUCUCGCGAAGGAGCAACAUGAGCAGGUGACAAAGGAGCUUGCCGAGCUGUCGGCCUCUCACCAAGACGCGCAAGCUGCUUUGGAAAGUGCUCUGGCUAAAAUGAAAGACCUUGAAGAGAAUAAUACCCAGCUCGAGUCCCGACUUGCCUCUGUGGCAGAGGAAAAGCAGACUGCUGAAGAGAGUCAUGCUUUAGAGAAGGCUAAGAUACUUGAAGAGACGGCCUUGGCGAACGAGGCCGCGGGUGCGGCCAAAGCUGAGGCUGACGCCCUUCAGGCAGACAAGGCCAGCGUCAUGGAGGAGCUAGAAGCAGUAAAGGCUGCCAAAGACCCACUGGACGAGCAGAUUUCCGCACUGCAGGAGUCGAACGACAAACUAACUGAAGAGCUGAAGGAAGUCAGAGAGUCAAUGGACAAAUCUAAAGAAGAGUUUGAGGCUGUCCUGGCUGCAAAAGAGGCUGAUGCGCAGCGUAUCAACGACCUGGAAUCGGAUAAGUCUAAGGUCGAGGAGGAGCUUGCUUCGCUAAAAGAAAACUCGACCGACUUCACCGCUCGCAUUGAAGCGCUUGAAUCCGAGAGGAACAAUCUCCAGUCUUCGUUGGAAGCUGCUGAACAAGCCAAAGCCGUGUCCGAGGAGAAUGUUAGCGGCUUAGAAGUGGAGAAAUUGAGCUUGACUUCCAAAGUGGACGAGCUGCAAGCGGCUUUACAAGCUAAGGAACAAGAAGUCGAAGGAGCUGCUGCAGCCAAGGCCGAAGCAGAGCAGAAACUGGAAGCUGCACAGACACUUGCUGGUGAACGUGAUGAUUUCCAAGCUCGCAGCGACUCCUUGGAGGCAUCGAAUAAAGAGCUGCUGGAAAAGCUCAUGAGUGCCGAGUCGGCGCUAGCCGACGCUCAAGGCCAAGUACAACAACUGCAGGAUGGUCAUGAGUCCGCCAAACAGAAGUUGGAAGAGGAAUUAACUCUUGCCAAAGAGGCUUUAGCGAAGUCUGACGAAGACUCGACCAUCGCAAUGAGCGAGCUUCAGGGGAAAAUGUCCACGCUGGAAAGCUCUCACGAGUUCUUGCAAGCCGAGCUGGACCAAGCUCGAAAAGAGGUGGAGGCUUCCAAGGCAGAAAUGGAAGAAAAACUAGCGGCAGCGCAACAGGCGCACGCAUCAGCGCAGGAAGCACUGGAGCACGCUCAAGCCAGUAGCGCCGAUUCAAGUGCAGAAUCAGAGCAAAAGCUUGCGGCAGCAUUGGAGGCACAGAAAGCUGCUGAAGAAGCUCUUGCGAAGGCACAGGAAGAACUAAAGAGUUCUAGCAAUUUGGCGGAGGAAGUCACAGCAGCUCAAACGGCGCAGAAGGCUGCGGAAGAAGCUCUAGAGCAGCUGCAGGAACGUGUAAAGGCAGCCGAAGACGAGCAGGGCAAUCUCGAAGCCAAGCUUCGUCUCGCCGAAGGAAUUCGGGCGGAGGCCGAGAAGACUGUCGGCGACGCUGAAGAAGCCAAGGCUGAGUUGGAAGGAAAACUGAAUGGUGUCGUCGAGGAGAAAGCUGCGUCUGACGCCAAGUUGACGGAAGUGGAACAGAAGCUAGCCGGAGUUCUGGCCGACCUCGAGGAAGCCAAGCAAGCAAAUGCCACUGUCGCUGAUCAAUCGACCAAAGAUUUGGCUUUGAAGGAGGAAGAAUUGAGUGCUUCUUUGACCGCAAGAUCAGAUGCGGAGAAACGACUCGAGGAACUUGAAGCAAAGCUUGAAAAGUCCACCGCCAACCACGAGUCGUUGCAGACCCGACUACAUGAGCUUGAAAAUGAAUUGGAAGUCGCCCGUAACAAGGGUAUCGAAGCUGAAAAGGUCCAACAAGAGGAGUUGGCGGUGAAGGCUCGCGAGGUCGAAGCGCUUGUUGAGAGCAAAAAUGUGAGUGAUGCUCACCUAAAAGACAAGGAGGCAGAACUUGAAGCUCUCCGCAGCGAGCUCGAAACCGCCAAGUCGACACAUCAACAACCCGAAGAGAGCGGUAGCGGAAAUGCGCUUGAGGCUAAAAUUCAAGAGCUGGAACUCUUGUCGAAGAAACAGGCAGAGGAUGGCGAGAAGCUUCAAGCCGAGCUGAAACAAAAAGACGACCAGAUCGCUGAAUUGAAGGCGUGGAAGCAGAGGAUGGAGGAUGAUAUUGAUCAUAUUACUGGGGAAGGCAAGGCUACACUGGCAGAUGACGACAAAACUUCAACUUUGGUUGUUGUGAAUGGGAAGAGUGUCGAUAAGGAGCAGGAGGAGAAAGAAUAA